GAGAAGAAGAAGAGAAAAGUUGAGUGGAGGGAGGGAAGCAGACAAUCCGCCCUAUGCCCAUCCCAUCCUCAAUUUCGGUGAUGUGUUUCUCUGUGGAUAAUAACACUCUGCCAACUUGCGACUGUUAAUUUUUCCUCGACUCGAUAACAACUAUCAGUUCAUCCCUCCUCGUCUUCUUCUCAAAAGUCUCUUGCGGAGAUCCAUGGCGGAGUAUCAUUCAUAGCCGAGGAUCAAGUUUUCUUUUGUUUUUCUUGGCUUAGAGAAAUGGAGGCCCGUGUUCGGCGUCGUCUAUCUCUGCUGGCUUCCCACAUCAAUCCUUCUCAAGAAGCUCUGCUGCCCACUUGCCUCUCGGCUUCGCCUUGCGCUUCUUGGGACGCCAACGGCGAGAAGGAAGUAAAGGAACAAGAAGGUUGUGUUUUUUGCAAGAUUAUUCGUGGUGAAGCUCCUGCUUUGAAGGUGUAUGAAGAUGAUGCAUGCCUUUGCAUUUUGGACACAUAUCCUCUGUGUCAUGGGCACUCGCUUAUUAUCCCAAAAUGUCAUUUUCCUUCACUAGACGUCACUCCUCCAUCAACAAUAGCAGCCAUGUGCUCAAAGGUGCCUUUGAUUAGUAGUGCCAUCAUGAAAGCUACUGGCUGUGAUUCAUUCAACUUGCUAGUUAACAACGGUGCAGCUGCAGGCCAAGUUAUAUACCAUAUCGAGAUAACUGAUGGUUGUAGUAAUUUUGUGCGGCAUGUCAAGCUCAGACUCACAUUCACAUAAUUCCCCGUAAGGCACACGACUGCUUGUGGGCUUCUGAGAGCAUACAAAGGCGCCCACUUAAGCUAGAUCAAGAAGGUUCACAACUUGCAAAUCACAUACGUGAAAAUCUGUCGUUCGUGAACGGAUAUGAAGAUGGCAGCGAAGGUCAAGCAUCCACUCUUGUUGGGAACUAAAGAGAGGAUCGUUCUUGUUCCGUCUAUAGUUACUAUUGUGUCGAUUAAUGUAAGAUUGUAUUCUUUUCGGCUACUUUGUCAGAUAAGUUUGUACAUGAGUUACAUUAAUGGUAAAUGGAGAUUGCAGUCCAAUAAUGUGGAUGCUCUGUACCUAAUGCUGCUGCUGCUGUUGCUUUGUUCUUGAAUUGAAGGAUCAGUUACACUCU